AUGGCAUUUACAGAAGAGAAGCUUGUUGUCGACCUCGCCCCCGCAUGCGACCCCCCACACCUGCUGCUCACCUCGACCGCACCAGCACCAAACGCCCGCCUGCACAGAACUUUGGCCGCGGGCGAUCAAGUCCGGGCCCUUGCUGCUGUCACGAUCGGCGGGUCGGACGGCUGCUCUCCUCUGCCUGGCCUUGACGUCCUCUUUUCGGACCUCAGAAGCGUUCCUGUAGCUGUCUCGCCGUUGCCAAAUGCUGGAGGAGUUCGAGGGGGCCAACCGUCGUAUGCGGCACAACAAGGUUCCGUCGAUUUCCAUUUUGACUACGGGUUCGCCUUCUGCCUCCACCAAUCGGAUGCCUUCACCAAGCGGGGCUUUGGGUCCACCUGCAUUGGAAGCACAUGCAAGGGCAAGGUACUCGUGUACUCCCGUGGUCUGGACCCUUUCGUGUGGGAUCGCAAGAGGAAUCGAGGCGGUGCGAUCAUCUGCCCCGGCGGGGGAGGUCACCUACUCUGCCUUCGCUGCUUGGACGCCAUGUAUGCUGGGGGUCAGCCGUUCGUUUCGACCACCACAGGGGGCACUGCCAUCGACCGGGGUGACCUCUUCAGGAAGUACGAGGCCUUCCCAGCCUCGAAGGAGCUGAAAGAGGCGCAUUCGGGGCAGCCUGCGGCAGAAGGAGGGCACCAGUUUUUUGUCCAAAGGCGGGAUCUGGCCGCGUGCCCAUAUUGCAAGGAGAGCCGGACGUCAAAGCGGGGCCGCCCUGAAAGGAAGAGGCUGUCUGAAUCGGGGCCCACUCCAAAGACACUUGGAUCGGUUGCGAUCCUCGGGGAGUUGAAGUGGAGCGCAGUCCCUCCGACCAUCAUCGCAGCCGGCUUCUUCCUCUUGCCGCAGCUGGACGUCAAUUACCGGCUUCUCGACAUCUCGUUGAGGGACGGGAGGCCCGUCAAUGUCCCGAGGCUCGUACAAGUGGACCACCUUGGCAACUACAAGUGCAUGUGCGGCCAGAGGGCGUGCAGGGAGCACGAAGUGGGAUUCCUCAGAGACACUAGCUUCCUCGACGACUGGUGGCAGUCGGCUUCGAAGGAGGUUGAGCCCCCCUUCGGAUCGUUCAGCGGGGGAAAGAGCUUUGCACGAGAGGUGACGGGUCCUGGGCUCGGACGGGUGCUCCCACUUGAUCGCGACGGCCACCUUGGGGUGCCCCUCAUUGGCCUCAAUGCGGAGGCCUGGCUGGGGCCUCAGUUGCGGGCGUUCGUGACCUGCGAGGGAGCCGAUGACUCUCCGGCUGUCUGCGUGCUCGCCGGAAGGAGCGCCUUCUGCAGCAGAUGCUCAGAGCAGGAGCGGUGUCCGCACAUACAGAGGGUGCUUUCGAUAACAGGGGAAGGAGACGGGGUUCAGAUCGGGCCUGCUCCCGAGGCAACCAGGACAGACGUACAGAGAGGAGCAACAAAUUCGGACAGGCGUGCGGAGAGGUCGGCGCUUCGAGCGUCAGGGCAGAGGAAGCUCCAAGUUUGCAACGACCCUGUGUGCCGGAAACCUGACACGAAGGUCCCCUGCACGCAUGGAAGUACGCUCGAGGAGUGGGAGUGCCUGCCUGCGGCAGCCUUGGACAUGGGGCACAGCCACAAGGUGAUCGACACGGUCAUGAGCAGGGGUGGCCAGCAGGUGACAAGCCUUUGCGAGCGGUGGGGUGAUGAAGGGGUGCGGCUGCGAGACGAGGUGAACCACUUCUGCGCUCCAAGGCCCGUCGAGCUGCUCUCGCCAUGCGGACGUCCGUGGCAGCUGGAAAGGAGGCUGGGGACUCUGACGAUGGCUGGGGCGCGCUACGCAAUCUCCACGUACAGGCGGGUGUGCACGAUUGCCCCAGGACGAGAGGCGGCGUGCUGCUCAGUAGCUUACGAUGGCCAGGAAGAUGGCAUAUUCAACUUCUCCGGCACGACGCUAAUCUCGCACGGCCUCUUGCUGCGCAACCACUUUGCGGCGGCCCUUGGGGCUUCACAUAGCCUCAAUUUCGACGCCAACGACAUGGCGACCAGGAGUCUCGAAGGGCCGGACGCUCCCAGACUAGACGAUCGCGUUUUCGAUGCCGCGAUGCAGGCCUUCAACGAGUUGGCAGCCCGGCCUCGGAUCCAGCACGUCUGCGGACGUCCCGAUUGUGCUCAUCUGUACACGUCUGAGGUGCAGGCUGCCGAGGCAGAAGCAGAGAGAGCUGGGUGCCCUCUCAAACCGGAGCGAACCGAGGGGUCCACCUCGAAUCUGGCGACUUAUGCGUUCAGUCGCGACAAGGUCGUCACUUUCGACGGGACGUUUUUUCCCAACUCAAGCGCUAUGCGGGACAGCAGUGAGGCCAUUCUGCAUAGCAUCUGCGAGCCGGACCGGGGGGCACCUCACGUGGCAGGGGGGUUCACUCCUCUCAGCAUCGGUGGGGUGCGGCCUUCGAACGUCCCGCUUGAGGGCAUCGACUGCCCUUGGAAGUUCAGGAACGGGUUGUCUGAGCUGAAGCCGGCCGUACGAGCCGCGGCCUUCCGUUGGUGCAAUUUUCGCAAGGCGCCUGCUCAAGGUUCAAACACGCCUCUCUCGGCGGAGGAGUUUGUGGCCAUGCGUCAGGGGUUGCCGGCAAACCCAUACGCAGCCCUUUUGCACGCCCUUCUGAUACCCCGCUACAGUUGGGUGUUUGGGCACAUCGUGACGCUGAAGCUGCUUCGACACCUGUUGCUCGAGGGGCCAGUUGACAACCUGGGACUUGCUUACCUUACCAACGAUGGGCCGAUGCUAGCAGCCAUUCUCCGGCUGCACCCAAGUGGCGUAGUGCAAGCGGGUCCUCGGCAAUACGCCUUUCCAGCGACAUUGCGUCCGCUCCUCCGGGACAUCUACGCGACCAACCUCCUCUGUUUCGAACCGAGUGCUAACCGCCCCAGCGCCUCCGGUUUGUCCCCUUUGGCGGCGCUCCUUGAUGCUACGGAGCAUCUGUGGGCCCUCGAGCGUGAGCGGCUUCGGUCUUUGGGCAACUCAGGAGACCCUGGCAUGGUCUAUGCGGAACAGCGUGGAUUUGCGCUCAAGGGGGCCGCCAACGCUCUCCUCUUCGAGCUUGAGGUGCGAGAGCCUCAAUGCUACGGUUCUGACGGCUUUCUACGAGAGGCCUCGGCAACUUACAGGGAGCGUGUGGGGGCCGUAUCAAUCUACGAUUUUCACCCGCUGCUCUACGGGCGGCCGCAGUUCACGGAUUGGGAGGAUGCGUCCGGCCGGGGGAAGAAGGGCUCUGAGGAGCGGCUCGCGCAGCACUGUGGGGCCCCAAAUCCUCGAUCGUCCAAGGGCCGAGCGGGGACGUUUAUUGCAUGUUGCCAGGACCGGGCGCCCCUCGGCUACCAUUGGCUUAAGGGCGGCGAGAGCGUAUCAGAUUUGGGAACGGUCCUGAUCACACGCUUCCCCUUCAAGACGCUGCGCGGCCUGACGAUAGUGGAGGACGCUGCCUGCAAUGCCCAGGAAUGGUUUCUCAACCGGGUGCCACAGCUGGCAAAAUAUAUGCUUUUCCUUGUCGAUCGCUUCCACUCAGGCCCAAUCAGCUGCGCGCCCGCUGGAGCGGCCAAGCGAUACGCGACGCACACCUGCUCGCCAACUCUGUUUAUCGACUCCUAUCCGCAGCACGACCAUACCAUAACGACAGCUAGCGAAGGGAUCAACUCGGGCUUGAAGCGUUCGGCGGCUAGCCUGCAGCAGAUCACGAGCAUCAGACGCUUGAUGAGUAGAGUCACAACGAUCCUAGAUACGCUGUUUGAGAGGUCUAAAUACGCGGUCUUCCAGGGUAAGAACAGUGUGGAGAGCAGCCCACUACGAGAGCUGAUCAGAGCGUCUCGUUAA